AAUGAUACCAGAACAUCAGUAGUUUAUAUGUCUAUAGUCUCUGUUGAUGAAAUAUUUGCUGAUGACCCUGUUGGAGAUACGCAUACUUGUCUGGAUCAAAAAUUGUGUUUUGUGGAAACAGCUUAAUAUAAAUUACACUCCAUGGUUUCUGCCCUCUUAAAGAGCCUGAUCUCAUCUUACAUAUAUAAGAUUUGCAAAGGAAUGUUUACAAAGAAAUCGGGAAAUAGUACAAAAAGGAAAGAGAGUUGUCAGAGCAAAAAGGAACAAGACUUAACUCAGAUUGGACAAACAAAGAAUCCAAGAUUUUCAAAUACUUUAAAAAGCACUGUUAAAAAGAUUGCCAAGUGUCCAUCUGCUCGCAACUUAUCAACUGAAGAAGAGGAAAGUAAUAGAGAAUUUUCACUUUCUCCAACAUUCAGUUACAGAGUUGCUAUUGCCAAUGGACUGCAAAAGCAUAUUUUUGUAACAAACAAUAAUAAUGAAGAUAUAGUUCAAGAUCUGUCUUCAAAUGAUAGCUCAUAUUCUGAAUCGUUAAGUGAAGUAAAAAGUAGUAGCAAGAAAAACGAAUUCUUAUCACACACAAUGCCUGUGAGACGCAACAGAAAAAGCUUAAGCAGCCUUGCACCAUCUGAUGGAAGUUCUGAUGGAGAACGCACUUUACACACACUGAAGCUGGGAGCUUUACGAAAACUAAGGAAAUGGAAGAAGAGCCAAGAAUGUGUCUCAUCAGACUCCGAACUAAGUACAUGGAAGAAAACAUGGGGUUUAAGAAGUAAAUCUCUAGACAGAACUGGCCGUCACCAGAAAUCAAAUACUCUUGAACCUGGCUUUAGUUCAACAGGUUGUAUUAGUCAAACCCAUGAUGUUAUGGAAAUGAUCUUUAAAGAGCUUCAGGGAAUAAGUCAAAUUGAAACAGAACUCUCUGAAUUAAGAGGGCAUGUUAAUGCUCUGAAACAAUCAAUUGAUGAAAUUUCUAGUAGUGUAGAAGUUGUACAAAAUGAAAUUGAACAAUUACGAACUGGAUUUGUACAGUCCAGAAGAGAAACUCGGGACAUACACGACUACAUUAAGCAGAUAGGCCAUCCAGGAAACAAAGCCAGUCUUAGGUUUCUAAAUGUGCCUGAAGAGAGGCUUGAAAAAACUGAAAGCGUAGUUUACAAAAUAUUAAUAGAUAAAAUGGGGUUCUCAGAGGCACAGAGCACUAUUAAAAUUGAGUUUGCCCAAAGACUGGGGCAGCAAAGAGACUGUCCAAAUGCAAAGCCAAGACCCAUUCUUGUUUACUUUGAGUCAUCACAGCAGAGAGACUUGAUUUUAAAAAAGUCUUACAAACUUAAGGGAACUGGCAUUGGAAUUUCUACAGAUAUAUUUUCCCAUGACAUAAAAGACAAAAAAGAAAGAGGACUACCUUCCUCUCAGACAUAUGAGAGUAUGGAUAUGAAGCUUUUAACUGUGGAGACAAAAGCUAAAAUGCAUGACUGGGAGUCACCUGACAGUGAUAAAGACUUGGAAUCAGAUAUAAAUAAGAACAGUUAUGUAAAGAUAUCUAAAUCAGCACUUCAAAUAAAAACAAGCACUACAAAGGGGAGUAUUGAAUCCCCAAAUACUAAAGACCUUAAUAGAACUGCUGACAAUAACACCUUUUCAAACAGAAGAAAUUAUGGCAAUCAGUCACCAGAAUUUGACAACAUGGAAAAACAAUCCAAGACCUAUUAUUCAGACAUGACUCCUCUAUGGCACUUACAGAAUGACUUUGCAACACCAAAACUUAGCCGUUCAGAGUCAGAUUUCUCAAAAUUGUGUCAGUCUUACUCUGAGGACUUUUCAGAGAAUCAGUAUUUUAGCAGAACAAAUGGCAGUUCACUAUUGUCUUCUUCUGAUCGAGAACUUUGGCAGCGAAGGCAAGAUGAUUCUAUAAACUGGUAUGGCAGUUCCCAGGAACAGACUUUUGUCCAAGGUAUGCAACAGUAUCCAGAGCAAAAUGAAGUAGAGAACACAGAAACUGUUGACGAUUCUCAGCUUGCUUUACAUGAUGAUCUUUCCCCAUGGAAAGACUGGAAUCAGUUGGAACAAGGGGCAGAUUUGGACCUAAACUCAUCCACGCAGGAAGUUUUUGUAUAUGAUAUGAGCAGCCCUUCAGAUCAACAGACAGAUUUUGGAAAAUGCCUAAGUUCUGACCUCCAGUAUGAUACUGAAAGCUAUGAUUUUACCCUUGAUGGUACUUCUCCAUCAUGUCCAGGCCUUGAUAGCGAAUCACAAAGUCAGUGGACUGGUCAAUAUGAUGAUUAUCAGGAAACAAAUUCUAUCUCCCCAUAUCAGAAUCAAAGCAGAUUGCCUAUGAUGUACCGAAGUCAGAGUGAACUACCAAGCGAUGACUCAGAAGAAACAGCCCCUAAAUCGUGGCAUAGCCGAUUAAGCAUAGAUCUUUCUGAUAAGACUUUCAGCUUUCCUAAUUUUGGAUCUACACUUCAACGUGCUAAGUCAGCUUUAGAAGUAGUUUGGAAUAGAAGUACACAAAGUUUAAGUGGGUAUGAAGACAGUGGAUCAUCUUUCAUGGGAAGAUUUAGAACUUUAUCUCAGUCUACUGCAAAUGAGUCAAGUACAACACUUGAUUCUGAUGUUUAUAUUGAGCCUUAUUGCUACAAAGCAGAGUAUGAGGAAGACUUAAUUGAACCACCUGGUGAAAAUGAAACAGACUAUGUAGAAGUAAUGGAACAAGUCCUUGCUAAACUUGAAAAUAGAACUAAUAGUAGUGAAACUAGUGAGCAGGUCCAAGAAUAUGAACUGGGGCAGCCUUCGUAUGAAACUCCAUAUGCAAUACUACCAGAGGAGCAAUAUGACACACAGUUUGGCAGUGUGGUCAGUGAAGAGAUAUUGGAAGUUGAAAGUGACACAGCUGCUAACAUAGAAGUAAGGGAAGAUGAAAAUCAGAAUGUCCCAGAGAUGCUUACUGAAACUCCAAAGAAAAAAAGAAUACGACCAUCAUUUAAAGAAGCUGCUUUAAAAGCAUACAAGAAACAAAUGAAUGAUUUGGAAGAGAAGAUCCUUGCUGGAGAUAGCGGUUCUGUGGAUGAAAAGGCUCGGAUAGUAAGUGGAAGUUCCUUGGAUACUUCCAAGCUUUAUACAGUCCAGGCAUUUAGUGGUGCUGGCCGUGGGCUGUAUGGAAUUGAUAGCAUGCCAGACCUGCGUAGAAAGAAAUCUUUUCCCAUUGUUCGAGAUGUGGCUAUGACACUUGCAGCUCGAAAAUCUGGUAUUUCCAUGGCCAUGCUCAUCCGGACCUCCAUAAACAAUGAUGAAAUGAAAAUACAUGUCUUCAGGAAGACAUUGCAGGCUUUGAUCUAUCCAAUAUCAUCAACUACACCUCAUAACUUUGAAGUUUGGACAGCUACAACUCCCACAUACUGUUAUGAAUGUGAAGGUCUACUUUGGGGCAUAGCCAGACAAGGCAUGAGAUGCACCGAAUGUGGUGUCAAAUGCCACGAGAAGUGCCAAGACCUCCUAAAUGCUGACUGUUUGCAGAGAGCUGCUGAGAAAAGUUCCAAACAUGGUGCAGAAGAUAAAACACAGAAUAUUAUUAGUGCUAUGAAGGAAAGAAUGAAGAUCAGAGAGAAAAAUAGACCAGAGGUGUUUGAAGUGAUCCAGGAAAUGUUUAAUAUUUCCAAAGAAGAUUUUGUACAAUAUACAAAAGCAGCAAAACAAAGUGUUUUAGAUGGAACAUCCAAAUGGUCAGCAAAAAUAACCAUCACAGUUCUUUGUGCUCAGGGCUUACAGGCUAAGGACAAAACAGGUUCAAGUGACCCAUAUGUUACUGUGCAAGUUGGCAAAACAAAGCGUAGAACAAAGACUAUUUUUGGAAACUUGAAUCCAGUAUGGGAUGAAAAAUUCUAUUUUGAAUGCCAUAACUCUACAGAUAGAAUAAAAGUAAGAGUAUGGGAUGAAGAUGAUGACAUCAAAUCUAGAGUAAAACAACAUUUCAAAAAGGAAUCAGAUGACUUCCUCGGCCAAACAAUCAUUGAAGUAAGAACACUGAGUGGAGAAAUGGAUGUAUGGUAUAAUUUAGAAAAGCGAACAGAUAAAUCAGCUGUCUCUGGUGCCAUUAGAUUGAAAAUCAAUGUCGAAAUAAAAGGAGAGGAGAAAGUUGCUCCCUACCAUGUGCAGUACACCUGUCUACAUGAGAAUCUAUUCCAUUACUUGACGGAAGUUAAAUCUAAUGGUGUUGUAAAAAUCCCUGAAGUGAGAGGUGAUGAAGCCUGGAAGGUGUACUUUGAUGAUGCUGCACAAGAAAUUGUAGAUGAAUUUGCGAUGCGCUAUGGAAUUGAAUAUAUUUAUCAAGCUAUGACGCACUUUUCCUGUCUGUCUUCUAAAUAUAUGUGCCCUGGUGUUCCAGCAGUUAUGAGUACGUUGUUGGCCAAUAUAAAUGCUUUCUAUGCUCAUACUACAGCAGCAACUAAUGUAUCUGCCUCAGAUCGGUUUGCAGCUACCAACUUUGGGAGAGAAAAGUUCAUAAAACUGCUGGAUCAAUUGCACAAUUCUCUGAGGAUUGAUUUAUCUAAAUACAGGGAUAAUUUCCCUGCCAGCAAUUCUGAAAGACUCCAAGAUCUGAAAUCAACUGUGGACCUGCUUACCAGCAUUACUUUUUUUCGAAUGAAGGUCCUUGAAUUGCAGAGCCCGCCUCGAGCGAGUACUGUGGUGAAAGACUGUGUAAGAGCAUGCCUGGACUCAACUUAUAAAUACAUUUUUGACAAUUGCUAUGAUCUCUACUCCCAGUUAGUGGAUCAGGGUAAGAAGCAAGAAGUUCCUAAGGAAGAACAGGGACCAACAACAAAGAACUUGGAUUUCUGGGCACAGCUUAUUACUCUGAUGGUCACCAUCAUAGAUGAAGAUAAAACAGCAUAUACACCUGUCUUGAACCAGUUCCCUCAAGAGCUGAACAUGGGAAAAAUCAGUGCUGAAAUCAUGUGGACUCUGUUUGCCCAGGACAUGAAAUAUGCUCUGGAAGAACAUGAAAAGCAGCGGUUAUGCAAAAGCACAGAUUAUAUGAAUUUGCACUUCAAAGUGAAAUGGUUUUAUAAUGAGUAUGUGCGAGAACUGUCUGCUUUCAAGGAUGCAGUGCCUGAAUACUCUCUGUGGUUUGAACCAUUUGUCAUUCAGUGGCUGGAUGAAAAUGAGGAUGUUUCAAUGGAAUUUCUUCAUGGAGCACUAGAAAGAGACAAAAAAGACGGGUUUCAGCAAACAUCAGAUCAUGCCCUCUUCUCCUGCUCUGUAGUUGAUGUCUUCACACAGCUCAAUCAAAGCUUUGAGAUUAUUAGAAAACUGGAGUGUCCUAAUCCAGAAGCACUAUCUCAUUUAAUGAGAAGAUUUGCAAAGACUAUCAACAAAGUGCUUCUUCAGUAUGCUGUAAUUAUUUCAAAUUACUUCAGCUCAUAUUGUGAUAAAGAAAAUGUGCCCUGUAUCUUGAUGAACAACAUUCAACAAUUAAGAGUCCAGCUGGAGAAAAUGUUUGAGUCCAUGGGAGGAAAGGAGUUGGAUCCCGAAGCUAGUGUUCUUCUAAAAGAACUUCAGGUGAAACUUAGCAAUGUAUUGGAUGAACUCAGCAUAACAUAUGCUACAAGUUUCCAAUUUAUUAUUGAAGACUGUGUAAGACAAAUGAGCAAUGAACUAAAUCAAAUGAGAGGAAAUGGGAAUGCAGCGGCCAAUAAGAACAGUGCGGCCAUUGAUGCCGAGAUUGUGCUUCGGCCUCUCAUGGAUUUCCUGGACAAAACUUUAAGCGUGUCUGCGAAAAUCUGUGAGAAGACAGUUCUGAAACGGGUUUUAAAAGAGCUAUGGAAGUUAGUCUUGAACAAAAUAGAAAAACAAAUUGUCCUUCCACCACUGAUGGACCAAACCGGGCCCCAGAUGAUAUUCAGUGCAGCCAAAGAUCUUGGACAACUGUCAAAACUCAAGGACCAUGUAAUUCGAGAGGAAGCCAGAAGCCUGACCCUGAGGCAGUGUGCAAUAAUGGAAGUAGCACUAGCUACUAUAAAGCAAUACUUCCAUGCUGGAGGAAGUGGGCUGAAAAAGAAUUUUCUGGAAAAGAGCCCAGACCUACACUCCCUCAGAUACGCUCUGAGCCUUUACACACAAACUACUGACGCCUUGAUAAAGAAGUUUAUAGAAACUCAGACGUCUCAAAGUCAAACCACUAAUAAUUCGGUGGGUGAGAUAUCUAUACAGGUGGAUGUCUCCACACAUCCUGGAACUGGGGAGCAUAAAGUCACUGUAAAAGUUGUAGCGGUUAAUAAUCUAAACUGGCAAACAACAGCUAUGUUCCGGCCAUUUGUGGAAGUUUGCCUAUUAGGUCCUAACCUAAGUGACAAGAAAAGAAAACAUGGAACCAAGACAAAGAGCAACACCUGGUCACCAAAAUACAAUGAAACUUUCCAAUUCAUUUUGUGUAACGAAGAUAAGCCAGGAGCCUACGAACUUCACCUCUCAGUGAAAGAUUACUGCUUCGCUAGGGAAGAUCGCAUCAUAGGAAUGACAGUUAUUCAGCUGCAAAACAUAGCAGAGAAAGGUAGCUGUGCAUCUUGGUACCCCUUGUUGAGAAACAUCUCUGUAGAUGAAACUGGGUUAACAAUUCUUAGAAUACUUUCUCAGAGGACCAAUGAUGAAGUUGCUAAAGAAUUUGUAAGACUUAAAUCAGAAACAAGGUCUGCUGAAGAAAUGGCCUAAAAUACCCAAGUAAUGCAAGAUUGUCACCGCCACGAACAUAGAUACAAUGCUGUUGUCCGAAUAGUGCAUGCAUGUGCAAAUCUGUGGGAAUGUUUAACUAACUAUGUUUUCAGUGUUUGCCAGUACUUAUGUACUAUAUUUGCAAGGUAUGUCAAGGAGCUGUAUAUCUUUUAUACAUAUUUUGGUCUUUGGUAAAGUAAUUGUUCCAAUGAAGUGCCAAAUCUAAGAUUAAGAGUAAACGUUUCAUCACAUCUUUUUAAAUGUUGAUUUCACCUCAUCGCAGUUCCUUUAUUUUUUAACAUUUAUUAAUAAAUAAUUAGCUUUUUUAAUUGAUAGGUUGUCUCUGUUAAACUACUGUGUUGCUUAUUCUAAAUUAAGUUACCUCCC